UGACUAUCUGGAGUCGGCAUCAGGACCAAGUGAUUUAAUUCAACAUGGCGGCUGCCGUUGUUGCACGUCUGGGUGUCGAUGUCCUUUAUCACAGUUUCUGCGCUCCUAAGCAGGCUCUGAGGGUCUGCUGGGGUUGUGUGGAACAAGCAAGGGGUUACUACGUUGACUGGAAGAUGCUGAGAGAUGUCAAGAGAAGACAGAUGGCCUUUGACUAUGCUGACGAGCGGCUGCGAAUCAACUCGCUGAGGAAGAACACCAUCUUACCAAAAGAACUCCAGGAAUUGGCAGAUCAAGAAAUCGCAGCGUUGCCACGAGACUCCUGUCCUGUGAGGAUACGCAACAGGUGCGUGAUGACCUCCCGGCCGCGGGGAGUGAAGCGCAGGUGGCGACUCAGUCGGAUCGUCUUCCGUCACCUGGCCGACCACAAUCAAAUGUCUGGCAUCCUGAGGGCGAGGUGGUAAACUCAGAGGACAACUGGCGACUUUCGGUGGCAGUGACUGCGCAACUCAUUUUGACGAUUUAUUGUCACGUGAAGGUGUUUUAGUCAAGGAUUGUGACGAAUAGUUUCCUUUUAUCUGAAAUGCGUGCAGGAGAGCACGUCUGGUACCAACAAAGUACAUUGUACGUGACUACAUAUUUAAGGUUUGGAUGGAAAAUGGGACAUUCUCUCUAACAUUGUUAAUAAAUAGAAGUGUACAUU